AUGAAGCCCUGCGCGCGCCUGUCCGGCCUGUGUGGCCUCGCCGCACUCGUCGCGGGUGUCGUUGCCUUUAGCUUCCUCGCGACCCACGCCAGCGCCAGCGCUGUUGAUGGUGGUGAAGUUGACCUGUGUGCGAACGAGGACUGUGGGGAAGGCACCUGCGCUGUUGAUGUAGACAAUGACAUACCCCUGUGCGUGUGCAAGGACGGUUUGGCAAUGCUCACCCCUCCUCACCCCUCCUCACCCCUCCCGCACCUUCCCCCCUGUCUGCCCCCUUCCUCUCCUCUCCCCUGUCCUGCCUCCAAACCCCCAUCAUCGUCACGCAACCUUCAACCGCCACAAUCUGGCAUCGUCCGUCUCAACACCUGGUCAGCCCCGUUGGUGCGUACGACGGUGGCACUGCAGCAAGGAGGAUCGAGAAGCAUUGUGCCCGCCAGCUUCUUGGCACCGCUGCCGGCAGAGCAGGCCAGUGGCAGCAGCGCGUGUGGCAACCUGUACGUCACCAUCGCAGGCACCGCCAAGAUCUCCGUCGUGUGGAAUGCCUCCAACCCCGCCUCGCCUGCCGACUACGCCCCUAGCAGCGCCAUGUGCAAGAGCCUCUCGUUCUACGCCGAGUCGGGCUGCACGAAGAAGCUGCGCUUUACUGUCGCGCGUCCUGCGAAGAAGGGCAGUUCCUACCCCGUCACGAUCAAGACGGUCAAAGGAAUCCGUUCGCUGUUAUCAGUUGGCUGUGAGAUCACCAUGUGUGAGAAUGAUUGUGGAAGUGCAAAGUGCGUUGUGAAGGAGGGCCAGCCGCAGUGCCAGUGCCCCGAGGGCCUCGUGUUCAACGCAGCCAAGAAGCUCUGCCGCGACCCGUCGCUUGCUCCCCGUAGGCGACCCUAG